UCACAUAAAGGAGGACAUAUCGUAUGAUGCUGACGAUCAAAUGGAGCCUUAUAUCGAAAGAAGAGAUAUAAUGGCAGAAGAAACAAUAGAGACUAUAUCUGUGGUAGAUGUGUACGACCAAGCCGCAGUGAUUGGAAAAGAAUUCGAAAAAUUGAUCGAAGGAUAUGGCGUUGAUGCAGUGACAGAUUUAAUGCCUAAAGUUAUAAAAUCUUUAGAACAAUUAGAGACACUUGCUGCCCGAUAUGAAAAAGAGACUAGUGAGAUUUCAGAUUUGAAAUUUCUGAUAGAAAAACUUGAAAUAGAAAAAAAUGAAAAACAACAAGAAAGACUGCGAUAUGAAGAGGAGUUGGAGAAAAUUGAGGAGGAAUGGAGAAAGGAAACAAAUGACUUAUUAAAGUCUGUGUCACGGCUGCAGGAGGAUAAUCGUCGAAUGAAAGAUGCACUCAAUGACCAGCAGCAGACCAUGGCUCAUGAGGUUGCCCAGGUUACGAAAAAGACAGAAGAGAAAGAGAUAGAAGUGCUAAUGAAGUUAAAAGAAACGGUUGACAAACAACGGGAAGAGUUAAGAAAAACAAAACAAGAUCUAAAGGAGAAGUCAACAGAUUGUGAAGCACUGGAAUCACAAUUGGAACAAAUAGUGAAAGUGAAUUCUGAAUUAAGAAGAAAGAACAAUACCCAUAAAAAACAAACAAAAACUUUACUAGAGGAAAAAGUGGACUUAGAGACUCAACUAGCAGACAAGGAACAACAGAUAACGCAUAUCGCUGAAGUUAUUAAGGAACAGGAAGCCAUUGAGGAGGAGAAAAAGGCCAACAUUCGAAAACACACCUUGUCUGAGGCUAGUGCAGAGGAGGACCAAGAAAACAAUAUACCUCAGGGCUUGAAUGAUGAAGUUUUGAAUGAAGAUGUGGCUGAGGGUAAUGUGGAUGGUACGUCAUCACUGGAUCAGUUAGAGGGUGAAAAUAUGGCUGUCCUUCAACAUAAACUCAGCACUAUUGGCAAAAUGGUGAUAGAUAUGAAGGACCCCAACCGUCCACGAUUUACCCUCAAUGAACUGAGGACAGUGUUGAUGGAGAGGAAUGAGCUGAAAACAAAGUUAAUAGAAGUAGAAGAGGAACUUACUUCAUUCAAACCGAAACUUGAUCCAGACCCUGCCAAUGCAUGCCUUGAAACCUCUACUGACUCAAUGAAUUCCUACAGUGGUGAGGAAGACUUACCUGUCCAAGGACCUAUAAACAGGGAGCCGGAUGACAAACUUUUCCCAGGCCUCAAACGCGAGACUGGAAUCCGUAAAUUUUUUAAAUUUAUGUUCGGGGGAUCACCUAACGAAUCGAGACACAGGACAAGAAGCCACAUUCAUUGACAUCUUUUUGGGCUGGAAGAUAACCAAGAACUCUUCUGUGACUUUGAUGUCGACAUGGCAGCUACCUGGUCACACUUCCUUGCAGAUGACAUGUCACCUGUUGAUUUGUUGGUCAGCAGCCUCAGGUCUAUAUCUGAGACAUGGGAUACAUCUGUGGCAUCAUGGGAUACAUCUGAGGCAUCAUGGGAUAUACCUAAAUCAUCAGAUACGCCUGAAGCAUCAUGGGACCAAUGCUUGUUAUAAAUUGUGAUCAGUUUUACUGUAGAACAGGUUAUUUUUGUCAGAUUUAUAUAUUUUUUUUAUAUUUCAAUAUAUCUAUGUAAUUGAUAUUUCAAGUU